UCAGAGAAAAACUUUGUGGAUGCAUUGUUUGAGGGGACCUGGCGUUCGGUGAACCCAAUUGGGUCAGACGACCUAGACAGGAAAGUGUCUUCCGCAGAAAGUAUUGACUCAGAGAUCUCAUCCACUUGCCUGGAUGCUGUAACAAGCCUUGAGGAUGUGUUUGAUGAUCUCGUUGAAAGUGUCCUUGAUGAAAUGGGUGAUUUCGGGCCUGGCAUUGAAGGAAUCACAUCGUCAUCAGCCACCAAUAGCUCGCCAUUCAGUGCUCGCCCUAGAAUACCAGUGCCAAUAAGUGGGUCUUUUAAUACCCAAACUAUCCCUUCGGUGGACAAACACCCUCUAUACAGAAACGACAACUGGUAUCAGCUUCCCAAGCCUUCGUGCCAUUCAGUCGGCAAUUCAUUUGAGGGUUUUAACUUUGGACUAGUUGCAGGUUUACAGAAUCCCUCAAGAGGGUUGAUCACAGUUAUGAGAAAGCUUUGCGAUUUGCUAGCAAAACCGAGAUCGGACCACUUGGAUUCUGUCUUUGUACGUCUUCUAAACAACACCGUGAAAGAAAUGGAAGAUGCCUCUAAACCUCAACCCAAACGAUCAAGAAAGAAAGUCACUGAGAGACAAUGUGUCUUCAAAAGACAAAAGAAGAAUCCCAGAGUUUAUCCAAUUGAUAACCAAUCCCGUUCAGAGCCAUCUCACAUUGUUCCAAGAAAUUCUUAUUUUCUUCCUUUGAGGUGUCACUCUUAUUUGUCUGCCGUUUCCAACGCUGAGGGUAAUCCUAUAGAGACUGUGGACUUGACGAGUGAAGAAGACAAUGCCAAGGGAAAUUGCCGACCAUCACAAGAUGGGCCUUUAAUUGCUCUAGAGGACACUGUGUCUGAUUUCACGGGCGGUUUUUUUCAUUAG